UCACAGAGCGGCUUUGAGUCACGUGGAGGCAGUCAGGCUCCUGUCACAUGGUUUGUGUUUGCCGAACUAGCGAAGGAAGGGGUGGGUAAACUUCUACAACGGUGAGAGAGGGUCAGUAUGCUACAGAAGUUUAUAUUGUGGCGAAAAACUUGAUAAAGCGAAGGAGUUUGCCCUAAAAUCUGCUCUGGUCAGUUAUAAUGGAAAUACCAGCUAUAAAUCUCAAGGCAAUUGUAGUGGUGCACUGGUUGCUGACUGUCUGGGGCUGCAUGGCAUGGCUCCCUCCAUCCUACGCUUGGGGCAACUUCACCAUGCUAGCUGUUGGUGUCUGGGCAAUAGCACACAGAGACUCCAUUGAUGCAGUAGUAAUGUUCCUUUUAGGCAUGGUGGUGUCCAUCUUGACCGAUAUCAUCCACUUUGGCAUCUUCUACCCCACGGCGGAGGCCCUGGUGGAGAGGAGGGACACCUUCCGCUUCAGCGUGGGCAUGGCCAUCCUCAGCCUGCUCCUCAAGCCCGUCUCCUGCUUCUUCGUCUACCAGAUGUACCGGGAGAGGGGCGGCGAAUACAACGUCAACUUCGGUAAGUGGAACUACUGUUUCCCUACAGUGACACGCAAUCGAGAUGCCUACCAGUCAAUUGACCAACAGGAGCAGCAGUCUGGUGGUACAGCCAACCCAUUCGGCCAGGGAGAAACCAAACCAGCACGAUCCUACUGAGAGCCCUAAUGAUCUACUCUGCUGAACAACUGUGACAAUGCUGUUUAUGUGUCUGUAUUUUUUUUUACUAUGACUUUGACAAGUUUAUGGUGUUUUAUGUGCAAAGGAAGUGUAUCUGUUACUGUCAACACUUAAAGGAAAGAGUUUUUGUUACACUGCUAAAUAGCACACAUAGCAUUAGUGAUCUCUGUGUUACAUUGGGGGCAUUCCAAUAUGCGACCUUGCGUCCUCCACUUGGGCUUGUGGCCUCACGUUUUGCUGAUGCCCCGCCUCCGUGGAGAAAACGAUUAAGUUUCCCCACUGUCAGCCUAGCCAAAACAAUUUUUGGGGGACUAUUCUUCAUUUACCAUCCUGUUUGAAAAUGAGAAAAUGUCUUGACAAUUGAGCUUUUCCGAGAUAUUGAAAUAUAAUGCUGUUGUCAGUGAUGUCAUCACGAUGUAUUACUUCCUGGUACGAGGCCUCAAGCACAAGUGGAGGACGCAAGGACGCAUAUUGGAAUGCACCCAGAGGGUACGUUGUUACUCUACAGAAAUGUGUUUAAAUACCUGCAUGUAGGUCAAAUGCUGGAUAUUCCAUCGCCUUACUGAUUGUCAGAUAUACACUUGUGCACUGGUGUAACGCAUGUACUUCAGGCCCCCCUGCAAGCUGGCAAGAAUGGGCCCCCGAACGAAAAAAGAGGGCCUAACAUCAUGUGGAGGGGGCCCGUUUCUUCAAGUCAAGGGCCAAUGAGGGCCCCCCUGCCUCGUAUGGGCUCCCCUCCCUCGCGGGGGCUGUGGGGGUAUACAUUACGCCCCUGCACUUGUGUUUCACACAGGAAAGAGUGCACCUUUUCUGUUUUUCCUGUAGUUCUAGUUUUAUAGCUGAUCAAAGCCCUAUUAUACAUUGUCAUAUUAUAUCAAUAGGUCAAUUUCCCAGUCAUUUCUUUUGAAAUGUGUUGGAGCAAGUAAUGACAAUACCUCUGGCACGUGAUGCUGUGCACUUUGCUGAAGUGGGCUUCAUUGAGUGGAGCUAAUAAUAAUACUAAGGUCUACAUUUAUGAAUGUGACCUGUUUAACUUUUCCAUUCCACAAUCACACUAGCGUUCUUUUCUCAUCAUUCCCCCCAUUUUCAUUUUAACGAGACAUACAAUUUUGCUUUCGUGGCGGUUCUCAACAAUUUAUAAUGUUCAUGAUGACUGGGUGUGCCAUGACGGACAUUUCUCUCCCUCUCAAUGUUUCUCAUUAGAUGGGUUCGCCUGUUCCGUGUUUCAAUAAUAACCCCCUAUUUUUUUUCCUUGCUCUAAAUCCAGGAAAGGCUUGAAGUUGAAGAUUCAGACGAUUUAAAAAAAAAAAAAAAAAAAUCACAUGUUGAUCAUGUCAGUGCACUAGUGCCCCAAAGCCCUAUGCAAAUAUUGACAUUUUCCAUUGAUUUUCUUUUCUACUAGAAGAUAACACACCAGUUUGAUGAUUAUAUUAAACUUUCAUAUAGCCUAUCUAUUCACACAAACAAGGUAACAUUUCUAACGCAAUCAUGCAUGAACUGGGAAAACCGCUCAGUUUUGCUAGCCAGGCACCAUGCCCAUCUCAAAUCAUACCAGCAGCUAAUUUACACCAGCAGUUCUGCACUUUUCCUCUCGCCAACAAUUCUCCGUUAAUGGACUGCACUCCUGUGCCUCUGCCGUUGUGCCUGACUUCCCGCUAUUUCCUAUUGAAGCCUCAUUAGCAUUGCAGGCUAGUGAAGCGUGCUUGUCCUCCCCUCAGACGCAAUCUGCUUUUAAAUUUACAUCUCCCUGCUGUUGCGUAUCCUAUAUUUGUCAUUCUUAACAAGUGUCCAUAGGAAUCACAGAAGAGCUGAAGUAGAUGGAGGUCUGUCCUUUCUUCACUACUGCAUAACACACACACACACACACACACACACACACACACACACACACACACACACACACACACACACACACACACACACACACACUUUGAUAGCUCUCGGGGAGUUUAAGUGUUUCUUCUGAGUUUUGGGCCUUCCUUCUGAUCUUGAAGCUCAAAGUGAUGGAGCUCCAUGUGGAUUGCAGAGGAAAUGUGUCUUAUGAGUUAAGAGUCGUUGUGUGACAUCUCUGUUGGCUUCCCUGUCAAGCACGGGGAGGUGGGCUGUCAUCACUCAGUGUGAGAUGUUUACACUUUACCUCAACAACAGCAGUGACAAGUCAGGUUAAAGUAAAAAUAGGAUAAACACGGAACGACAUAGAGUUCUGUUGAGACCUUUGAGAAACGAGCCAAAUAUAAAUGCCACCACCAGCUCAAUUAUUUCUUCACUUUUGUAGGCCCAUGUUGUUGGUGUGGUUGGUUCAUGUGAACAAAAUGCACACAAGCACAUUCAGAAUCAUGAAUUAUUUUGUUCUUUGGUACAUUUAAAUUUUGUUCUUUGGUACAUUUUCAUUUUGUUCUUUGGUACAUUUCAAACAACGCGUUGUAUUGCAUUGUAUUGUAUUCGUUGUUUUCCCUGUUAGUCAUUCCUGAAGUGUUGAUUCAAGGUGUUCAAGGUGUCAUCUUCAUGAUGUUUCUGUGAGUGCGUUUUAAUAUGCGACCUUGCCUCCUCCACUUGCGCUUGUCUCCUCGUCCCGCCUCCUGGCCCCUCCUCCGUGGAGAAAACGAUAAAGUUUCCCAGCUGUCCUGUCAGCCUAGACACAACAACUUUUGAGGGACUUUAUUUCAUUCACCAUCCCAAUUGCAAAUGAGAAAAAGACUCUACAAUUGAGCUUUUGCAAGAUAUUGAAAUAUGAUGCUGUUGACAGUGAUGUCAUCAUGACGAGAAGCAAGUGGAGGAGGCAAGGUCGCAUAUUGCAACGCACUCUUGGUCUCUGCAGCAACCUGACUGCAACCUUCUGAAAACUGGGUAGGCCUAAGAGAAGCACUCAAGCACACAAUUUGUUACGAGUAUAGUUUCCUUUCAUUUUUUACAUUUUGUAUGUCAUCUCAAUCCUAGCUUGUUUUUUGUACUUCUAAAUUGAGUGAUUAAAAAUGCACCAAGACACCACCGUCCUACCAAAUUGGAUGGCUGGAUUCCUUUUAUCUGUCAGUCUCCAUCCUCGUCUCGCUGCAAGCAGUUCUCAAUAAACAGACUGAUGACAUGCCA